ACACACGGAACCAGAGCUAGGGCGCUGUCCACAGUGUUGAAACGCCGCGCGAACCAAGAAACUGCAGACGCUGCUGUCCGCGGUGCUGAAACCCACAGUGUCCAGUCCGCGGUUCUGAAACUCUUACAGUCGGAGACCCCAGCCGCAGAGCCGUGUACAGCAAGCAUCCCGACCGCCGUCUCCCCCACCCUUAGACACCGCAUCUACCAGCCUCCUCUCCCCUCCCCAGUGACCCUGCAAGGAUGGCCUGGCCUCCCCAUUCAUCGGCCAUUGUCAUCUUCGCCCUGACCCUCACGUUGCUUGGCGCUGUCAGAGCUGGCACCCUGACAGAGGAUAGUCACAGGGAACACCAGCGCCCAGACAACCUGAAAGAGAACAGACAGAUCCUUCACCACCAAGGCCCGGGGCUGUUCUCAGAGGAUGGGAAGAUGCCCGAGGGUGAGACAGAAAAGUUCAAGAGUCACCAGGACAGGUCUGCUCCUUCCCAGCCCAACAUGGAAUCCAGUUUUGAUGAUGAGCUAUUCAAGGACAUGGAUGCCAAGACCCUGACAGCCAUUCUUCUGCAAGCUUUGAAGGUAGAUGAAGAACAGCCCAGUUCCAGGGAGGAGCCAAGGCAGCACGAUGGAGAGGCAAACCCCUCCACCGACCUCGCAUCACCAGAGGUGGAACCCAACAACUUGACAGAGAACGUGAAGAGUAGGACCAGAGUGGGGAAGACCCAGAGGAGCCCCAUCUCCCGUGAGAGUGAAGAGUCAGACUGGAGGGUUGGGGAGGAUGAAGAAGACUCCCUGACACCACAGAACAUUGACAGGCUGGAGACCAUGCUGCAGGACAUGGAGAGAUACAGUGCAGCCACUAAAAGGGAGAGGUCCAACACUGCCCAACGCUCCUUAGCCAAGGGUGACGAGUCAAUGGAAAAUGAUGUGCUGAGAGACCUGGAUGUACUUGAAGACCUAGUGGGCAGGAAGGAGAAAUACUCUGACUAUGAGGAGAGACAGGAGGACACUCGGAGUAGAGUGAAGUACAACCCCAAAGCCCAAGACGGCAACAGGUGGAAGGAGAGCCAGCAGAGGGCAACAGAUAGAGCGUCUGACCUGUUGCUGCAGUACUUACUGAGGGGAGAGGCCAGCCAGGAGGAAGAGGAGGAGGAGAAGCUGAGAGACAAUAGGAGGAAGGUUGGAGCGGACUCGGAAGACAGUGCCUCCCAGGAGAAGAGGUCAGAUGAAGACGAAGAUGAAGAUGAGGAUAUAGACCCCCAGACAAUUGAUAGGCUCAUUGAAAUAUCUAGCAAGCUUCAUCUGCCUGCUGAUGAUGUAAUUGACAUCAUCAAUGAUGUGGAAAAGAAGAGGAAAGAUCCAACAGAGAGGCUAGAGAGCAGAUACGGGACAUCAUCCCGAGAUAGGUACAAGACCCCAGAUAGCAACUACCUUCCCCAUCACUGGCCAGAGAAGACCAGACACCGUGCCAAUGAUGAAAUGAGCCUUCAGGAUCUGCUGGGUGACAAUAAUGCUCUAGACUACGACAGCAUGGCUUAUCCUGUCCCUCGGAGGUACCGGCCCAGGGCAAAUGGUUAUCCCAAUUACAUCCACCCCAGGCUCUCCCAGCCUCGUCACCGCCCCUAUUACUACCAGCCACCACCCCCAGUCUACCGAAACAAGGAGUAUUAUGACGAUGAAGACAAUGAGGAAGAGCUGGAGAACUACAUCGAGAAGAUCUUGCUCAAGCAUCCAGAGGUCUUCCAGUAGAAUGAAAGCAACAACGAAAUGGUCCAAUCAUUGGUUUGUUUUCCUUUUACACCCCCUCCCUCCUACCCCUCCCCCACCCCCACUUUCGCUUUUGUCUAGAUUAUCGGUUCAGUAAGGUUUCUCUGCAUGAGCCAGGCAAAAGUGUGGAUACAUCACCCCCGCCCUGUCUCACGCUGAACACGGCUAUGUGCCCCACCCAACCAGACCUUUCUCACAUCCUUCCUUUCUCCCCCACCCCAGCCGCAAUCGUCCCCGUACUGGACCAGAAGGAGAGCAGUUGGCAGUAACAAGGUCUGAUAUUUUUGUACUACAGCCUGGACUCAAGGAGAGUAUCUCCAGUCGCUGCCUGCAACUCUUCAGAACAGUGAUGGUGAUCAUGUUUCAUGUGUGUGUGUGUGUGUGUGUGUGUGUGUGUGUGUGUGUGUGUGUGUGUGUGUGGUGGAGGAGUCAUCCUUUACAGCAAAGAAUGCAGCCAUUUGGACCAUCGCAUCUGUGCUAGCCCUCCUCGGGGGCAAAUCAUGUGCUGUCCUCCCAUCCCCACCUCCAGCCAUGCGCGCUCGCCCUCUUUCUGAACAGGUACAGCACAGAAUGGGACCGCUCUGCUCAUUUACAUCCAGGCUAACCUAACUGUACUUUCCGAUACUGGAUCUGUAUCGCUUGGGUGCACACCCAGGCACAUCCGCGAGGAGUUGAGGGCUGCAUCCUUACCUCACAAGGAGCGAGGUUUGGACUCGGGUCAGCCUCUGAGUGAGAAAUGCCAUCCCUGUUGCCCACUAUCUACCCAUCACCCACUUUAAAAUCGAUGCCUCCCCCAGUCACUGACCCCUUCGCUGAGCAAAACAAGAAGACCCUUCCUUUUCUCUUCAUCUGACCUUGCAUAUCUCAAGCAGUUACAUUCUCUUCCACUGCUAUCCGUUCUAAAAAAAAGGCAUGUGCAGAGUCACCCAUGGCUUAAUCAGUGUUGUGCGUGCGCACACAUGUGUGUGUGUCUGCAUGUGUGUGUAUGUGUGAGCGUACAUGUGUGUGCAUGUGUGAGCAUACAUGUGUGUGCACGUGUGUGUGUGUGUGUGUGCGCGUGCAUGUGAAUGUGCGCACAAGUACCUUCAUCAUCAGUAUCAGGGCUCCCAGAUUGUCCCUACCACUCUCUUCAACACUCUUACCCACCAAGUGCCCCUUCUGCUUUCAAAAGGUUGUUGGCCAGUGUUUGCUGGUGUUUAGACCACACGGAGGUUAAUGGCAUCAGUUCCACCAGCCCCAAGAGCAGAGAGGGUGGGGGAGCUGCACUUGAAUGAUUCCCCUCAAUUCCCUGGAGGAAGUUUCUCCGACGCUCGUAGCUACGUAAUCUUCGUAAUUUCAGUGAAGAUGGACUUGACAGCAAUCUGACAUAUCGAGACCAGAGCAGGCUCCAGAAGUGAAGAGCUUCCUGUAGAAUGGUAGCCAAAGUAGGGACAUCUUCACAUGCUUGACUGAGCCUGCAUGCGCUGUUACAGCAGAGAGCGGUCUGCCUUCAACCCUAGCUGUCCUGUCAACCACAUAUCGCCGCCCCCACCCACCUGGCUAAUCCACACCCCUGCCCACCUCUCCCCACAAAACCUUCCAGUUUCUGUGAUCCACUCAAAUGCCCUUGCUUUUUACAUAUCUUGAAGCAUUGAGCGCAGAAUCAGCCUCUCUUGAUGCCUGAGAUAAUAAAAACUGGAAAUGCUGGAGAAUCUGAGAUAACAAGGUGUAGAGCUGGAUGAGCACAG